AUGUUGAUGAUCUACGCGGUAAUUGGAGGUCUGGUGGCGCUCGUUAUCGCCCUCUACUACAACGCACAGCAGAAGGCCCUUCGCUUGAGCCAGCUACACAAGGAGCUGCGGAACCUCACAGAGCAGCUCGAAUCCACGCAACAGCAGCUCAAGAUUAAAGAAAAACUCUACGAGGGCGCCACCCCUUCUCUCUUGCCUUCACGCCCUCCCCACGCCAGCGCCGCAGACUAA